GCAACCCUACAGGGACUGUAGACGUGACUAUGGAAAAAAGUCUGUCCGGAACGCGGGCUCGCUAGCGGGGCCUGUGGGGAGUGUGGGGCACAGGGUUCCGUUCCGUGACGUUUGUGACAGUUUGUCACGCGCACGUGUCCGCGGGCGGUCGCGCUCGUCUCCUCGAGUCUGCUGCGUUCCGAAGCAGGCCGGAUCCCCCGCCGCCGGGCUCUGUCAUGACCGGCCGCCUUGAUCCCGCGCGUGCAAGUGCCACUGAUGGUCGAUACAUCGCCGCGUUCACGUUGUCGCUGCUGCCCGGACUGCCCGGAGUGCCCGAUUGAGAUCUGGACCGCCAGGUGACUCGGCCUGACGUCCCUGAUUCGCGAUGACGAGCAAGAAGGGCCAUACCCUCCGCAUUGAGUCCGAGAUCGAUCGGAAUCGCGAGGACGGCAACUGGCAGAAGGUUAUACAGCUCGCGGAACACUUGAAAGUGCAGUAUCCCAGCAAUGAAUGCCUGGCGAAUUUCUUGAGCGGGGAGGCGAGAUUGGAGAGCUUUCUGGAGCAAACUCCGCCGAUAGACGCCAAUAUUGCCAAGGCGCGAAACGGACUGACGGAGACGCGCAAGUACUUGUUGCUAGCCGCUAAUGAAAAGGAUAAACAGGCGUUGGUUGUGCUGGACGCUCAUCUGUUGCUCGGCAAGCUUCACUAUGCCAUGGGAAUGUACGAGGACGCGCUUCACCACUAUCAACAAGCCGAACUAGACACACUCACAGAAAAGCAAUUACCUUGUCGAAGUUUACGUAUUAUAGCAGAGUCGUAUGCGAUUAAAGAGAAAGAAAGAUCGUUUACUUUAGACACUGACAAACAUUUAUCCUGCCGAAGACUGCGCAUUAUAGCAGAAUCGUAUGCAAUCAAAGGUCUCUGUCUGGAAAGGCUACCACCAAACUCCAAGUCGAAAUACAAGAUUACAGAGUGGCAGGAGCAGAUAAUCAAGUGUUACGAGAUCUCUGGCGACUUGACGCUGGUGUAUUUGCAGGAGCAAGACAAAAUUGCUAUGCAGCAGCAAAAUGGUAUUUCCAUUAUAAAUACCAAUAGUACAGGCACGUACUCGACACCAUCUCCAGUUUCCGCCAAGCAUAUCGGCCCCAUUUUGGAGACUGCGCUGCAAAGAGCACCAGUCUUGUACAUUCAAACUGGCAACAUACAAGCUGCUGUUAAUCGUUAUAGGGAGAUUUUAUCUGCUGUUGAAUCUACAACUACUCAGAGCUUGCGGGUAACUCUGACCAGACAACUGGCGGAAGUGUUGCUACGCGGCAUAAGCGGCACCGACUACAAACCGCCGGAGGGACAGGCCGACGCAAUGGCAGCUGUGAGUAAUAGACGGGCGAAUCAUUACUCGGGCGCCAAUCUGUCGGAUUCGCCGUGGAAGCCAAAGAAGUACGUCGGGCCGAACAUGUUCGUUCCUAGGAACGAGUACGAGGAGACGAUACUGCUGUUGUUGAUCAGCGAGGCGAUGGCGGUGAGAGACGCCGUCCUCAGCCAAUCGCCCGAGUUCAAGGAAGCCAGGAUACACGCGUUCGAGAACGCCACCGCUAUCUACGACCUACUCACGGUCGUCGUCGUCAGAUGGAGUCAAGUGGAACUUUUACACGAGUCCUUUGAGAGAGCGAUGAAAUUCUCUCACGAGGAGGUGCACAUAUGGACGCAGUACGCGCUGUGCCUGUUAAACAUGGGAAGAUACAUGCACGCGUAUAGAGUUUUGAAGGUGGUCGCCAGGCUAUCGCCUCAGAAAGUAAUGCCAUGCCUGUUGGCCGCGAGACUGUGUUACGAGCAGUUGAACAUGGUAAACGAAGGUAUCGAAUGGAGCCAAAAGGCUCUGCAACGAGAGACGGCAAGUCCACAGGGGAUGCAAUCUAGGUGUCAUCUGUACAUCGGGAUCGGCCACAGUAUGCUCUCCACGAAUACGAUCGUGAAACAAGACAAGGUCAAUCACACAAAUACCGCGUUGGAUUGCUUUCAAAAAGCACAACAGUGCGAUCCCAACGAUCAUCUAGCAGAGUAUUACCUGGCUCACGAAUACGCGAUAAACAGGCAAAUAACCGAUGCCAUUGUGCACGUGAAAAUUGCGCUGAAUCUGCGAGCAGAGCACAUUCCGUCGUUGCAUUUAUUCGCACUACUCCUGUCGGCACACAAGCAGUAUUCUGAGGCAUUGCAUGUGAUAAACAGCGUACUGGAGGAAUAUCCGGACAACUUGAAUUUCCUCUACGUGAAGGCGCACCUCGAACUGCGAAGUAUCGGCGGCGUCGACGCGUUAUACACCAUCAGUCACAUGCUACAUCUGUGGAAGAGUCUCUACGAGGAUCAGACGAACGUUAAUUGUAACGAGCAGCAGAGCGAGAAGCGCAGCGAGACUAGAAGCGUCUUUCAGCUUUACACGUCGGAAAUGUCCGAUAAGGAUUCCAGUUCCCUGCAUGCGCAAUCAUUAGCCGCUUCGAGAGUCGAGCAAGCCCUCUCCGAGGUCGCUUCGUCAAUUAGCUCGUUCACACCGAAGCCAGGGCCGCAGAGAGCAUGGCUGCUGCAAUUGCAGAUCUGGCUUCUGCUCACCGAGGUUUUCCUUAUCUUGGACCAACCGAACGGCGCCGUUCUGUCCCUCCAAGAGGCCACCAAUAUCUUCCCGUUGAGUCAUCACAUUAUGUACACGCGUGGCCUUCUGCACGAGUACAAGCUCGAGUAUACGGAAGCGAAGCAAUGCUACCAAAAUGCUGUUUCGAUUAAUCCCUCGCACAUAAAGAGUCUACAACAUCUGGGUCUCGUUUAUCACUAUUUGGGCAGCCAGAGACUGGCUGAGAAAACUUUGAGGGACGCCGCAAAGAUCGAUCCAAAUUCUCAUCAGACUUGGUACAAUUUGGGGAUGGUACUGGAAUCGCUGGGCGAGGUGGAGGCUGCCAGCGACUGCAUGGCAACGGCGCUGGAGGUCGAAACGACAAAUCCCAUUUUGCCGAUUCUAUCGAUACCGGUGACCUUUGAGUGAUUCGGUUCCUCGGACGAGGAAUAAGACGAGAUCGCGGUUUACUUUUGCUCUAUACGUUGGUAUUUCCGCGGGCAUUUCCUCGCCUUCCCGUCAAUAGUACCUGGACACGUACUAUUGUAUAAACUCAUUGUUGAAAGGAAACGGGAAAAAGGAAAGGGGAAAAAAACAAGUGAUACUUUAACUGUACAAAAUAGUUACAAUCGAUGUAAUAAAUUCGAAUAAAGUCUUACUUCCAAAACAA